AUGCAUACCUCCGUCCUCGUCGGACUUAUAGCCCUCUUUAACAGGGCUGUCCACGCGACUGUAUACACCCUCGACACGACUUACAAUUCCUCCAAUUUUUUCACCUCUUUUGGUUUUUUUAACGAGGAGGACCCAACGAACGGCUUUGUUGAGUAUGUUGAUGCUGACACGGCUAACACCGACGGUCUUGCUGGCUAUCGUGACGGUGCCGUUUACCUGGGUGUUGAUACCACCACUGUCAACCCAGCCAGCGGCCGCAAGUCCGUCCGGGUGACUUCUCGACAGGCCUUUACUUACGGCCUUUUUAUCACCGAUAUUGCCCAUAUGCCUGGUAGUAUCUGCGGAGUUUGGCCCGCUAUGUGGUUUUUUGGACCCAACUGGCCUGCCUCUGGAGAGAUUGAUAUUAUCGAGGGCGUCAACACACAGACCUACAAUACUAUUACUCUUCACACUAGCUCUGGCUGUAGUAUUUCCAAUAGAGGCACCAUUGAGAGUACUACUCUUACGGAGACUGACUGCAAUGCCGGCGAGGCUAGUACGGGCUGCAGUCAGAUUACCACCGAUAACCAGAACUACGGUAAUGGCUUUAAUAACAAUGGUGGUGGCGUAUAUGCUAUGGAGUGGACCUCAGACUAUAUCUCCGUAUGGUUCUUUCCCCGCAACUAUAUCCCCGCUAGCGUCCAGGGCGACAAUCCAGACCCAUCUACUUGGGGUCUGCCUAUUGCCCGUUUUGUUGGCGGUUCCAGUUGCAAUAUGGACGCGCAUUUUCAGAAUAACCACCUUGUUUUUGACACUACUUUCUGCGGUGAUUGGGCUGGCUCUACCGACGUCUGGAAUAAUAAUGCAGAGUGCUUGGCCAUGGGCUCUACCUGUAACGAAUUCGUUGCCGCUAACCCCGCUGCCUUCUCGGAGGCCUACUGGCUCAUUGAGUCUAUCAAAGUUUUCAAGUUAACCGCAUCUAAUUAUACCGCUAAGCGUAGCCUGUUAUACAGCCCCUUUCUUACUUAA